AUGACAACGAGAGUCGGGGAUACCAUGCCAGCCAUGCCGCCCAUGAUGUACAUAGUUGCUCUUCUUUGUGCAUUUGGUCGCGCGUUUCCAAGUCGCUCUGCGCAGUUCAGUGGUCGCGUUGGAGUUGAAUCCCACGCAUCUACGAGAAUGUAA